GAAGGCAGCUGCACCCGGGACUGGGAGGGCUUCGGGGACCCUGAGGAGGGCUCGCUGCUGAUGCUGGGCCAGGUCAAGCUGACGACCUUCUCCUCGGAUUUUACGAGGACUUUCUUCGAAGAGGGCCUGGGAGCUCCCAGCUGCGACCCUGUUCAAGUGGGUACCACGCAGCUGAGGUUUCAGUCUGCAGACGAGAAGCCUGCUUCGACGUGGCCGGGUCAGCUUUACAUCUGGGUGGAGAACAUCCAGGACACGUGGAAGAAGAGCAGGGAGCUGUCUCAGCGCUCUGGCACCGAGAUCGUCGAGUCUGUGGUCUGUUGCCACGACGAGCGCUACUGCGACGCUCUGGUGCUUCGCGAUCCCGGCUCUGCAAACGUACUGGUGGUGAACCAGGCGCCCAAGGGCUACGCCAAGGCUUUGCGCGAUGCUCUGGGCAGCCAAAAGUCAUCGGCGCCUUCAAGCUUGGUGUGUCUCAUGGACCUGCUUUGCAGAGUCCCAGUUGGUACCUCUGUGAAGCUGGCGGCCUUUUACGAGCGCUUCCUUUCCGCGAAGGUCAUGCAAGGUAAGGACGGCUACCGCCUGCGUUUUGCAUCAGGUGACGUCCUACGCCAGACUUUCACGUUCCAGGACGACGAGUCCGCCACUGAAGCGUGGCUUCCCGCGCAGUUCCCUAGCGAGGUGUGCUUCUACCUCGAGUCGGAUGCCAAGUUCCGCAUUGCCUUCGCCAAGUUCUCCAACGCAAAGCUCGCAACGGGAGACUGGAGCGAAGCGGAGCGCGCCAGAGAGUUUCGCAUCAGCCACUGCAUCGACGAGUCCGGGUCCGUCAUCCUCGAUCUUCCCCACCUCAUCCGGGCUCCGGGCUCCGAAUGCCCAUACAUGGCCGACCAGGCCGCACCCGACACAGCCAUGGGAGGCUGA